GACGGAUGGAGGAACAAGUUGCGGCCAUUGGACACGAAGGCAAGCCCGAAGAGAACUUCUCUAGUCUUGCCGAGGUUCUUAUGGAUUGGAGGGUAUGGUGGCUUGGUGUUACUCUUCAUUUGAUAACUAGCUCGUUGUCAUUCACCAUUUUUUUCCCGACCCUAUCCGCCACAAUGGGUUACAACGCGACUACGAGCCUCUUACUCUGCGCACCCCCGCACUCCGACGUAACUGGUGAUCGCUUCUGGCAUAUUGUCUGCCCUUUACUUGUCGGUAUCGCUGGGUUUGUGAUUGCAAUUUCUACAAUGAAUACGGCUAUACGAUAUCUAUCCCUAUUCUUUAUGGCUCAAAGCCCAGCUGCCUAUGUUGUCUCUUUGACCUGGUCACAGUCUAAACGCGCUGCAGCCAUUGCACUAAUAAACACUAUAUCAUCAGCUGGCUUCAUCAGUUCAUCAUACUUUUGGCCAUCCAGUUGGGGACCUUCAUACGCGAAUUCGUAUCUCAUCUGCAUCUUGGCAAGCGUCAUGUCCAUUGCGAUGUGCUGGGUAUUUAGGGGGCACCUUUCCCGGUGUAAUGAAGCUGCUGAAGCUGAAGAGAAAGUUCUAGGGCUACCCGAGGGUUUUAGAUAUAUCCUCUAGAGCGUGGUUGGGCUCCAUAGUACUUGUUUCAUACCGAUUGACUUUUAUCGUCGGAUCGAUCGAUAUGAUAAUUGCAGCUUGCAGAAGACUUGCUG